AGAUUAUGAAGCGGAAUGGCAUUAUUCUUCUUUUUCAGAAGGGUUUAUAUUGUUGGCGACAACAUUAAUUUAAAUUACAUUGUUUUCGUAAUUAACUUAAAUGUUGCUGAAUUUGAAACUCAUAAAAAGUUGUUCGCAGCAAGGUUUCAGCUUAACAAUAUUUUUAGUAACCGAGAAAUGAAGCUUUUUCGAAAAAAAAUACAGGCAGCGAAGGUAGAAGCGAAGGAAGACAAAAAAAAACGAUGGCGGUCAAUAAAAAUUCUAUACAUGACGAUGUUCUUUGACAGUUUAUCAUUUUCGAUUGUUCUUGCAUCAAUAUAUCCAUACAUGGUGAAGAUUGACUCUAACAUCACUCCAAUUUAUGUUGGAUGGGCUAACAUUGGUUUUCAGUUGGGUGGAAUUUUGGUAGAUUUUUUUAUGGGUUAUCUAACAAACAAGCUAGGAUCAACUAUACCAUUGCUCCUCUCUUUGAUUUUUUUUGGAUUUGGAAACCUGUUUUACGGUUAUGCACAGUCGUGUGGUAAAUAUGGUAUACCAAUGGUAAUCUUUUCUAGAACAAUCAUUGGUUUGUCUACUGGAACAAACGUUGUUGCAAGGGCCGUUGCAGCAGAAGCUACAACACUAAAAGAGAGAACUAAAGUUAUGUCGCGCAUGUCAGUUGCGCAAGGAUUAGGUUUUUCAUUUGGACCAAUUGCUCAGCUGUUAGCAGUUCCUCUGGGGCAUAAUGGAGUUGAUAUUCCAGCGUUGAAAAUCCAUUUAAAUGUGUAUACGGCACCAGCAUUUGCAAGCAUAUUUGUGACAGCAUUGAAUGUUGUUGUUGUAUUAUUUUGGUACAAUGAGCACCAAGUCGACAUUUACAAAGAUCAAGAAAAUGAUACUAGUGUGCAAAUAUUUAAGGAUAUUUGUGAAAACAAUAACACAAAGUUAUCGCGUAAUACAACUGGUAUUAUUGUUAACAUAAUUGUAUACUUUGCAGUCCAGAAUGCGUUUGCAGUACAAGAAACAAUACUUGCACCCCUCUCAAUGGAUAUGUUUUCAUGGAACGGUGAGCAAGCAACACUCUGGGUGAGCUGUUUAUUUCUGGCUGCCGGUGUAAUUGCAAUUGUAUCUUUUAUAGCUGCUGACUUACUAGAAAAAAGAUUUAAUGAACGAAACUUGCUACUGCUUGGGUUGGUUCUUAUUUUCUUUGGAUUCACUGUAUAUUUACCUUGGGGAAGUAAAACGCCUCUAAUUAAAGGAAUAAAAACUUCUACAAAUAACACGUUACAUGUAGGAUGUCCUGCAGAAUACAAAUGGUGUAAAAACACACCUCAAAUAUAUUUAGCUCAAGUUAUUCUAGGAAUGGUUUUAUUAUCGAUUGGUUAUCCGCUUACCAUUGUAUUCAUCUCGUCUAUAUAUUCAAAAGUGUUGUCUUCAAAACCCCAAGGAGUGAUGCAAAGCUUUUUAGGUGCGUCGGGUGGUUUGGCUAGAACUGUUGGUCCAUCUUUGGUAACAUUCAUGUACAUUGAACACGGUCCUAGAUACACUUUCUUAUGCGCAAACGGUUUCAUUUUAUUAUCAAUGAUCCUGUUUAUUUUUUCGUAUAAGAUACUGAUUCCUUAUCACUUGUUCAUUGUCAAAAAAAAAGAAAAUAACCUAUUAUUUACAGAUGAGUCUUUAUUAGAAAACAACUGGAACCAAAAAUCAGAAACUGAAUUUACAUGUUUUGAUCAAGACGAAAACAAUAUAAAAUGCAAAGAAAUGCGUCUACUUUCGUAAUAGAUAAGAAAGUUCAAAUAGUAAUAUGAAACAAUGAUGUUGGACAACGGUGGCAGUUAAAAUGACAGCAUUUUUACAAACACUUAAAAAACAAAAAAGAAAAUUGAUGAAGAGUUAUUAAGUAAAAA